AUGGUGUCUGACGCGAGCAAGAAGAAGGCGGCACAGAAGAAGGCGGCGGCGGCGGCCAAGAGAGGUGGAAAGGCGGCGGCGUCGUCGAAGUCAGCUGCGACCGAGUCGCAGAACGGAGCUGAUAAGCUAUCGAAUGGCGUCGGGGCGAUGCAUAUUUCGGAUCGUAACUGCACCGGCGUUCUCUGUUCGCAUCCUCUGUCUAGAGAUAUCCGGAUAGAGUCUCUAACAGUUACCUUCCAUGGACAUGAUCUGAUAGUUGAUUCUGAACUGGAGCUUAAUUAUGGCAGACGUUACGGUUUGCUUGGUUUGAAUGGGUGUGGUAAAUCUACCCUCCUAACUGCAAUAGGCUGCCGAGAGCUUCCAAUUCCAGAUCACAUGGAUAUCUACCAUCUCAGCAGGGAGAUUGAAGCUUCAGACAUGUCUUCACUUGAGGCUGUCAUUAGUUGUGAUGAGGAGAGGAUAAGGUUGGAGAAAGAAGUUGAAGAACUGGCAGCUCAGGAUGAUGGUGGUGGAGAGCAGCUUGAACGCAUUUAUGAGCGCCUUGAAGCAUUGGAUGCAGCAACUGCAGAGAAGCGUGCUGCUGAAAUUCUAUAUGGUCUUGGGUUUGACAAGCAGAUGCAAGCAAAGAAAACUCGGGAUUUUUCUGGUGGUUGGAGAAUGAGGAUUGCACUUGCACGUGCUCUGUUUAUAAACCCAACCAUCCUGUUGCUUGAUGAGCCCACCAAUCAUCUUGAUUUAGAAGCCUGUGUGUGGUUGGAGGAGACCUUGAAGAACUUUGAGCGCAUCCUGGUGGUGAUUUCACACUCCCAGGAUUUUCUUAAUGGUGUGUGCACAAACAUCAUCCACAUGCAGAGCAAGAAACUGAAGAUCUACACUGGAAACUAUGAUCAGUAUGUUCAGACCCGUUCUGAACUAGAGGAGAACCAGAUGAAACAGUAUAAGUGGGAGCAGGAACAAAUUUCUAACAUGAAGGAAUAUAUUGCUCGGUUUGGGCACGGGUCAGCAAAAUUGGCUCGUCAGGCACAGAGCAAAGAGAAAACCCUAGCAAAAAUGGAGCGCGGUGGGCUUACGGAAAAGGUGGCCAGAGACAAGGUUCUAGUAUUCCGUUUUGUUGAUGUGGGAAAGCUGCCACCGCCCGUACUUCAGUUUGUAGAAGUCACAUUUGGUUACACUCCUGAUAAUCUGAUCUACAAGAACAUUGACUUUGGGGUUGAUUUGGACUCGCGUAUAGCUCUGGUUGGGCCAAAUGGAGCUGGAAAGAGUACUCUCUUGAAGCUGAUGACAGGGGAGUUGUUCCCUACUGAUGGCAUGGUUCGGCGGCACAAUCACCUUAGAAUUGCUCAGUUCCAUCAGCACUUGGCUGAGAAGCUUGAUAUGGAACUGUCUGCCUUGGCGUAUAUGAUCAAAGAGUACCCAGGAAAUGAGGAAGAAAAGAUGAGGGCUGCAAUUGGUAAGUUUGGCCUAUCAGGUAAGGCACAGGUAAUGGCAAUGAAGAAUUUAUCGGAUGGACAGAGGAGCCGUGUGAUCUUUGCUUGGUUGGCAUUUAGGCAGCCCCAAUUACUUUUGUUGGAUGAGCCAACAAAUCACUUGGAUAUCGAGACAAUUGACUCACUGGCUGAGGCACUGAAUGAGUGGGACGGGGGUCUGGUUCUUGUUAGCCAUGAUUUCAGGCUCAUAAACCAGGUAGCUCAGGAAAUUUGGGUAUGUGAAAAUCAAGCUGUGACCCGGUGGGAGGGCGAUAUUAUGGACUUCAAGCGGCACCUAAAGGUUAAGGCUGGUUUAGGUGAAUGA